AUGCUCUAUCCAUCCGUCUACGCACUUCUCCUCAUUAUCAUCGUUCUCAAAGUGUUCGACCGAAAAACGAAAAGGACAGUGACGCCUGCGCAUCGAAUUCCUCCCGGAUAUCCGCCGAAAGUACUCCGCGUUUUUUUUUUUAGUUUUUUUUUAAACGUUUUGUUUUGGUUUUCAGGGCGGCAUUCGUUAUCAGAUCGAAGAAGUGAUGCCGCGGGUGACUCGAAAGACGAAGCAAAACAGAACGGUUGGGGAGGGGGGGUCUAGAAAAAGAGAAAGUUUCCGAAAUUUCAGAAACACAUUGAGAAGAUCAUCAACGAGAUGGCGAACAGCGGGCAGCAGUUGUACGAGUUGAGCGAGCAGAAGGGAGUGGUGAGUGUGGAAGAGCAAGCUUCUAGGCCAUUCGCUUUUUAGGCCCAGUUGGAGAUUGUUCGGGACAAGAACAGAUUUGGUGUUAACAAUUUGAAAUAAUAAAUUGUUCAAUUUUGUGCGUGACCUUGACCUUGACCUUCCCGGGACUUUUAGAACUGUCGCCGAUCAUUGCUCCGAGAGAUGAAGAUCCUUCUGAUCCUUCCGAUCCUUUGCACCAUCGUCCGAGCUCGGGAAAGCGGGGCUGAAGCGGCGGCGGGGACUAUUCUGAGCACGUGGGACCAGGCCCUGAUCAGUCAUAACUUCGAGCCGUUCCUGGCACUUCACGCCGACGAUUUCACGUUCCACGUGUGUGAUUCGAGCGGCACCACGCGGGAACAGUUUAAAAGCUAUUUGGUGAACGAUUUGCAGCUGUGGCAAGUCUGGAAGAGCAAGGUAAGGGAAUGCGCCUGGGCACUGAAAUUGCGUCAAGACCUCCGAAAGUUUGCAGCACACGCAAAUCGGCUCGCCGCUCGGCCACCACAACAUCUCGAGCGUCGCGUACCAGAAAAAUCUGCUGCUCUCCUCGUACAAACUGCUUCAAACGCAAGGGACCAUUCUGUUCGAGGUGGCCUAAUUUUUCGGCGUGUCGGAUUCUAGUCCCCCCCCCCCCUUUACAGGUCACUUCCUCGGCCAUUCGGAUCAUUUCGAGCUACGAACCGUGUCCGGUCGUGGUGUUCUAG